GGGUGGCAUAUACACACAACACAACACAACACAACACAACAUAACACAAUAAGCAGUGUGGGAAGAAAGAAAACCCAGAAUCUAGAGCCGACCCUCCAUCACACCAUACCAUAACAACGAGAACACGAUUCUUUCUUCUUAUUCUCUCUCUCUGUAUUUUCUAUUUUUCUCUUACUUUUUCGUUUUAUUCAUCUGAAAGAGAGAUCUUAUCUUGUCUUCCCACAAUGCCCCACUCUGUAGUAGACAAGCUAUUCUUCUCUCACUGAUUUCCCUUACACUCUCUUUCGUCCUUCCAAUCUCCCGCUUCACGCUUCGAAUCAGAGCUUCUUUUCCCCCUUUUGAUCGAUACCUAUUAUUGCUUAGGUACCCAAAAAGUCUUUGAUUCUUUUAUUCCAAUCAAUUUCACUGCUUUUUUUGGUAGAAAAUUUUUAUGAUUGGAAUUAGGGUUUUCUUUCUUUGUGGGUAUUCUGGAUUCCCGGUAUGUACUCAGCUUGUUUGUGUUGCUGGAUUUUUUAGGGUUUUAUGAGAUCCUAACUUGGUACUCGCUGAAUUUCGGAUUUCGGACUGGUAAGGGUUUUGAUCAACUGCGCGUGGGAUUGCGUGAAAUGGGCAUGAGCUCCGAUCCUUUUAAAGGUUCGAAUUGUGGGUUUGGAAACACGGUGCUUGAGCAUUUGUACUUGGAGAUUGCUUAUUCUUAAGAUAAGAUGGUCUUUAACAUUGCUUCUAUGAGCAUGGAAGAGGAUUGUCUAUAUUAAUUGUUUGCACUGUGAUCAACACUUUCAGAGAGCCUAUUAUAUACACACUACAAAGGCAGUGUCUUCGUUUUUUGCCUUUUUCAUCUUUGUUGGGGACUAUUUUGGUUUUGGGCCUUCACACAAAAGAAAAGCUGAUGAUUCUUUGUUGGCCCCAAAGAAAAUAUUGAGGAUCUGAUUGCAGUGGUCCAUUUUUGUUUGUGAAGAAACCUUUGGAUUGAUAUAAUCUAAGACCCUAAUCUUAAACGUAUACUUAUUGGGGGUUGUGCUGAAACAUUUGCCAUUGUAUUAGGAUUUUAGUUAGUUAAAUUGAAUGGUUGCCGUGCUCCAUCUUCAUUCGAUUCCUUAAUUUUCAUCAAAUUUCGAUAAUAUUAGUUUCAGCUAUUUGCAUGUUUGGUGAAGGGAAGUAAACCUUGGUGGUUUCCAUAAUUUGUGUUUGUAGUGAGUAAGAAGCUUAUGGAGGAAUAUUAAAGCUGGAAAUGAAUGCGGUGACAUGGUGCAUGGACAAGAGCAUAGUUGCUGGUUUGUUCCCUUUCUGGAACAGUGCUAUUGGAAAGUAAUUAAAGCAUUCACAAUUUUACUAGGAGGAUACACUUGGCAUAUCUGGACUUUGUGCAAUGUCGCGCUGCUUUCCAUUUCCACCACCAGGAUAUGAAAAGAAGACUAGAACAGAUGACUUGGAUUUACUAAAGAAGGACAAAAAAGAGAAGCACAGAGAAAAGAAGAAAGAUAAGGACAAGGACAGGGAUAAAGAUAAAAGUAAAAUCAGUGCUGCGGAUGAGAAAGGAUUUCCUGGACAAGCUCAGGGUCCCAAUGCAAGUAAAUUACAUCAAAAGGAAAUCAAACCAAAUGAUAAGAAGGGUGUUUUGUUUGACGAUAAACUUACCAAACAGUAUGCCGGUAACAACGGGGAGAAGGCCAGAGAGAAUAAUCAUCUGGUUGAGGAGAACAGAGAUUCUAAAUUUCUCCUGGAGUUGGACAGGAGGAUUAGGAACAAUGAUGGAGGAGCUGGUAAUCAAUUGGUUCAUAAGUUUACAACUGCAGAACACAGAAAGGAUGAGGAGACUGUUAGGUUGGUUGCUAAGGGUAGUGGCACCUGGCCUGAUGGUAAGGACAGGCUCCAGGAUAAGGGUAAUGAUUCCAGGAAGAUUGAUGGGAGAGGAAUCUGGGCUGAGGCCCGACCUAUUGGAAAUGCAGCAGUUCAAAACCAUGCUGGAAAUUUUCAUCCCCGGGUUGAUCAAAUGCCCAGAUCUUUGGAAAAGAAUUUUGACAAAACUUUGGAAACAACAUUUGAAGGGAAAGAAAGGGUUAAGGAAAAAAAAGAUGACAAGCAAGGAGAAAAAAGGAAAGAUAAAGAGAAGGAGAAGAAAGGACACGGGAAGGACAAAGACAGGGAUAAAGAGAAGAAAAAAGAGGAGAAAGCAAAGGAGAAUGCUGAACAUAAAAACAGAGAGCAGAAUAAAUUAAAAGAAAGCAACAAAGCUGGUCCAUUGGGUUCAAAUUCUUAUACACAGGUUUCCAAGCACAGCCAUGAGAAUUCUAUUGUUGGGGAAAAUCUCAAGAAACGAAAAGACAUUGAAUCAAAUGGAGUUCUGCAUGCCAAUGACAAUUGGCCCAGUAAGUUGCUGAAACCCUCUCCUUCUGAUCUCUUGACUGAAAAUGGAAGGAUAUUGGAACCCUGUCAAAUUUCCCUUCUGAAUGCUUCUGAUAAGCUAGGAGCAGCCUCUAAUGUUAAGGUUGAUAAAAAGGAACGCAAGGUAAAUGGCAUUAUUGAAGCUCUACCGACUACAGUUUCCUCGAACAAAACUCCCACUGCUACCAUACCAGCUGAUCCAGUGAGUGAAGCGUCUACAAAACCACCCCAUCCAGAUACCAAGUACCUAAGUCAGGUAUACACCGUACCCAAAGCAGACGAGUGGUCUGAUUUUGAUGACCAAGAGUGGUUGUCUGGCAGCAGUUGUUUACAAGAAAAAAAACCUGUUGUGAAAUCUUCAGAGGUUGGAGACUCACUACAGGUAUGGGCAGAAGCUGUGCAUAUAGAGCCAGCAGAUAUUUUUGCUCUGCCAUAUGUCAUUCCAUACUGAUUGAUUAUUUAAGUGGCGCAUGAUACUUCAAAAGUAUCUGCACAAGGAACCCUCCAUUGGUUCACCCUAUUGGGGAGGAACAGCAGCAUCUGGUGCCAUAAAAUGAUUCAUACUUUCUGAUGCAUUCUUUUGUUAUUUGCACUGGCAACAAAUAAUGUGACUGACUGCGGCCUUGAUCAUAAGCUGUUUGUGUUUGGAUGGGCAUUUCUGUCAGACUUAUCUUGAACCGAUGAUGGGAAGGAAGCACAUGUCACAAGUGAUUGCAAGGUAGGUGCAUUGCUGCAGGCCUGGUUGGGGGGUUGCAAUUCUCACUUCACGCAUCAUAGUAAUUCAUUUACAGAUUAGACUUCAUAAAGACAGCCGCAGGUUGUGGGGAAGGGACUUGUGCAACUUGUUUUUUUAAUCUUAAUUUUUGCCUAGAUCUUAGCCUGGGCAGCUGGUUCUUUCUAAUAGAAUGAGAAUGUAAGAGAAACUAGACCACAAUUUUGAUUUGUAACAUAGAAAUCCUAUUUACAAGAAUAUGUAUGAUAGAGGGGUAAAAGGUAGUAGUCGGAUUCAUUUAUUGGGUUUCCUGUAAAUUUUCUUGGUAAUCUCAUCAUUUUGCUAGUCCUUGCUAUAAAUGGGCAAUGUUGAGUUAAAUUAU